GUCCAUUGAUAGGUACAGGACCACCACCUUUCUUUGACCUGGCAAAACGGAUAAAAAACAGAAAUGCUCUGGAACGAAGGAUGCUGGAAAAUCGGUGGUGGACCUGCACAUUAAUGACGGAGAAGGUUGGAACUCGCAAGUAUAAUGGAGGAAAUUUAUACUUGUACUCAGAAGAUAGCCUUGAAUUUACUGCUCAUAACCUGCUCGGAAAGCGGACGUCAUUAAAGAGACGAAGGACAUGUGAGGUAUCUUGGACACAGGUCGAGAGAGAGUGGCGUCGAGAACUUCUUUGAAGAUGGAUAUUGAAGGAAGACGCAAGAGUUGAAACUUGGACACGGAAUUUUCUUUAUAGACAUCAUGGCACAGAUGACUCUGUUGGGGACAAUUGUCGUGUUAACUUAUCUUUCCUCACCUGCUGCUUGUGUAUCAUCAGAUGGGUUAGGGACACAUUCAAUGAAUUGUUCAAGAAUUGGAUAUCCACUUUCUCCUUGUAUCGUGGGGCCAGACAUAGAGAAGUUGGAUCUGUCCCACAACAACAUCAAAAUAAUUCAACAGCAGAACUUCCAAAAUCUGACCAAGCUGAAAAUUCUGUUUCUACAAUUCAAUGAGAUCGCCAAAAUAGAACCUGGAUCAUUUGCAAAAAACUCAGAACUACUUCAUCUUGAUCUUUCAAAUAAUUUGCUGCAUGUUAUUUCAGACUUGCCAUUUAACCAUCUGCGAUCAUUAACAUACCUUGAUAUUACCCACAACAGGUUUGAAACGGCUGACUUUGGAGCAGAGAUCAGCAAGCUGCAGAAACUACACACUUUACGUUUUGGAAAUGUUUUGCUCUCUUCCCUGAAUUCCAGUUACUUAUUUUCCCUUCAGGCAGUCCCAAUUAAAGAGAUGUAUUUUAUACCUGGAGAAUUGAAGACAUAUGAACCUGGAACGCUCAAUAUCCUGCAAAGCAUGGAGAAACUUUCUUUAGAUUUACAGUUUGGGCUGCAACCACAAUUAUUGAUUAAUAUUUUUAAGGAUAUUCCAAUAUCGACUACCACAUUGGAGAUUCUAAAUACUGAUUUGGUCAAAUAUGGUGAAAAUGAAGAUCUAUUCUUUCCUUUAAAAAAAUCAAAUAUCUCAACAUUAGUUAUUAUGAAUAUUACCGUUGAUGAUUCUAUGACUACUUAUCUCCUUAACACUGUUCUGGACUCAAACAUAAAAGAAUUAUAUUUAAUCGGUGUUAGAAUGGAUGGCAUUGGCAGAUGGAAUAUACAGGCUGUGCCGGUGGAAAAUAUUAAUUUGCGUAAACUUUCUAUAAUUGACUUGCAUAAUCCAAAUUUCUACAAAUUUUAUUCACUUCAACAUUUACUUAAUAUAUUUAGACAUCUGACUGAGUUAAGAAUAAUGAAGGGGAGCUUGUUCUACGUCCCAUGUGAGGUAUCUGAAAUCAUGACUGAAGUAAGAUAUAUGGAUUUAUCUUCCAACUUACUUCAGGGACCUACCUUUGUUCCUGAAGAAUGUUCAGAUCCUUUUCCCAAACUUAACACUCUCGUUCUGAACAGGAACACAGUUGCAGAUCUACAUACACUAAGUAGAUUGACAAAUAAAUUGAAAAGCUUGUCCAAUAUAAGUGCGAGUCAUAAUGAUCUACGCUUGGCCAAGAAACAGUCUUGCACAUGGCUUCAAACACUGAAACGUAUGGAUUUAUCUCACAAUUCCCUAGCAGAAAAUGUGUUUGACUGCUUGCCGGCAUCAGUGGAAUCUCUAGACUUGAGUUACAAUUCCAUUACCACUGUGCCAAACCUGAGAAGACUGGAAAACCUCCGGGAAAUUAUUUUGACAAAAAAUUCCAUUGUCUCUUUUCCUGAGAUUGCAGGACUGAAAACUUUGCAUAUUGACAACAAUGGAAUGACCCAUGUCAACGUGGACUCAUUACAGUCCAUGGGUCUGACGGAGCUCAAACUGAGCAAUAAUCCCUUUGAAUGUUCCUGUGCAAUUCAAUCACUCACCAAUUAUAUUCAACAGACAGAUACAAAGAUUCUCGAUUGGCCGCAUCAGUAUCAGUGUUACAGUCCACCAAGAUUUAGGAAUCAAGUUAUCAAAUAUCUGAAAUUUUCUCCCAUCGAGUGCAAAAUCCCCUUAUUUGUAGGGAUUCUUGUGGCAUGUAUAGCAGCAUUAGUGGCAGUGUGUAUCCUGCUGUGUAUAAAAUAUAACAUUACCUGGUACAUACGCACACUCUGGCUUUGGCUCAAGGCUAAAAGAAAUCUAGAUGUCAGCCAGGUUCAGAACAAUUUUGAGUUCAAUGCUUUUAUUUCAUACAGUGAACAUGAUGCCUUGUGGGUGAAGAACAAAUUGUUAGCACAGCUAGAGAACAAUGAGCCCCCAUAUCGCAUCUGCAUCCAUGAAAGAGAUUUCAAACCUGGAAAGCCAAUCAUUACUAAUAUCAUUGACUGCAUAUCAAAAAGCUACAAAACCAUUUUCAUCUUAUCAAAAAACUUUGUGAAAAGUGAAUGGUGCCACUAUGAAUUUUUCUUUGCCCACCAACAGGUAUUUGAUGAUAAAAAGGACAGUCUCAUCCUGCUCCUGUUAGAACCUAUUCCAAAGAAUUCUAUCCCCGAUCGAUUUUGCAAAUUGAGGAAGCUGAUGAACAAGAACACAUACCUGGAGUGGCCUCAGAAUGAGUUUCAACAGGGCUUCUUUUGGAAAAGAUUGAAAGCUGUCCUGAAUUUGGAUUUCCAUCCAUGCAGUUCUACAAGUGUGCAUAAAAAGGGGCAAUUAGAUCCAUGAAUACCAUAGAGAUACAGACUCAGAGUCAUGCAGCAUGUAAACAGACCAUUGGACCACCAUAUCCAUAUCAAUCAGUGGGCUCUCAACCCCAACAAUGUCGUGCUCUGCUCUCGUCAAUAUACUUGGUUACCUUUUCAAGAAACUUAUUCAGAUUGGUCAGACAAGCUCUACAUUUGACAAAGCCAUGGUGAUUAUCUUUGAAUUUGAAUCCACCCAUUCACAAAAAAGUGAAGCCGACAUUACUUCAACAAAAAAAAGUUACUUUGCCCUAUGUAUAUUAAUGGUAAAUACAUUGAUCUGAAUUAUCUGCAGCAAUACCUACAUAUGAUAUGGUUCAAUGUACAAAUUAUAUGGCAAUUAGAUAUCUGGAAUGAAAAAUCUUGUACAGUAUACUUAAAAAUAUACAAUGAUUGCUUUUCUUUUGUAAGUUUUUUUUAAAAACAAUUGUGAAAAAGUAGUUGGAUUUAUUGUCCACCAGUUGGAAAUUCUGGUCAUCUAUCAACGUUUCAAUUUUGCAUAAGGUAUUGACACUGCAGGUGUGAGCCCACACUCUGUACAAAUCCUCUCUGCAACAUAAGGCUACCCGUUCCAGGCAACAGACAAGGCACAGUUCAUGGCCAUGUGUCAAUGUUAUUGCAGAGACAAGGUUUUGUGACAUUGGCAUGUUACCACUACCAAUUGUUGUGCAUGUUGCGUACAAUAGCUGUACAAUAUCAGAAGCUUGUAUUCUUUGCACCAUGUGCCGUCUGAAAUAAAAAUGAAGGUGAGGAGUUAUCUUGAACUGGGAAGGGUUAUGCUUGUAUUGCUUCAAAAUGUUAAUAAUUAACUAUGAACUGUCAAAUAAAACAAAUUAGUUCUAAAAA